AAUUGAAUGGAUAUUAUCGUGCAAAAUGAGGCAAUUUUACAAUGUCACUCAUGAUAUGUUUAACAAAUAUGACAAGAAACAAAUUGAAUGUCUGUCAAUUUCAUAGGAUAUUUGUUGUAGUACCCGAAUUACAUUACAUACAUGACAUCGGUGAAUCAAAAAUUGAUUGUACUGUUGAAGAGCUCCCGAUCUCAGGUCUGUCUUUCCGCAUGUCAAACAGCCGGUCAUCUUUUCGAGCAUGUGGCAGAUACUGGAAGACCUGAGUUUGAUGAUAUUGUGGAUAUCCUGCUUUGUAAAACGGCAGAUUCAAACAAAUCCAUUCGAAUCGAAGCCAAUGCGGCUCUAGAUUGCAUGGUGACUCACAUCGCUCCGACACAUUCGGUUCGUGCUUUGUGCAUGAGGGGACCUUCGCAUAAAAAUCCAUUGGUUCGAAUCGCAGUAGCAAGACUGCUGUUGUCUGUUGUAGAGUUAAUUGGUGUGGAUAAAAUUAUGUCCGAGAAAAUGCUUGAUGGUACCAGGAAGAGGAUUAUCAACACUAUGGCAAUGGUUAUAUUAGAUAAUAAUAUGAUCCUUAGGAAAAUGGGUCACCAAUUAUAUUCACAAUUGAGUAAGGACCAAAAUUAUAAAAGGUAUUCGAAUAAGUACUUAGAUAAGGAAACAAGAAUAUCAAUUACAAGUAUAAUAAAGAAACUGUAGUUGAUAAAUGUAAAACUUUCUUCAAUAAAAUAAUCAUUCAUUCAAA